AUGUCGUCCAUCUACAAUCUUGAACCGCAACCGACCGCGUCGGCCGUCAUCCACACAACACAAGGCGAAAUCGCGAUUGAACUCUUUGCGAAACAGACACCUCUGACGUGCCGCAACUUUCUACAGCUGAGCCUGGACGGAUACUACGACAACACCGUUUUCCACCGUCUCGUCCCCGGAUUUAUUCUCCAGGGUGGUGAUCCGACCGGCACCGGACAUGGAGGAGAAUCGAUAUACGAUGGCGGCGCAUUCGGUGGCGACCUGGAUCCAUGGCCGAUGGAUCAACGCAAAGGGCAAAACGCCGGACCGAUGGGAGUGGGCUUCCGGGAUGAAUUUCACUCGCGAUUGAAGUUCAAUCGCCGCGGUCUCCUGGGUAUGGCAAACGAGGGUGUUCCCAACAGUAACGGGAGCCAGUUCUUCUUUACCUUGGGCAAAUCAGAGGAACUAACAAAUAAGAACACCGUGUUUGGCCGUGUGGCUGGUGAUACCAUCUACAACUUAGCCAAGAUGGGCGAGGCGGAGGUAGCAGAGGGCACCGAACGCCCUCUGUACCAAAUGAAAAUCAUCCGCAUCGAAAUCCUUAUCAAUCCGUUCGAUGACAUGAAAAGGAGAGAGAGGAAGGUGCGGCAGCAGGUACCACAGCCGGCUCCCGCAGAAAAGAAGCAGAAGAAAAGAAAAGGAGGCAAGCAACUGUUGAGCUUUGGAGACGAGGAAGGUGAUGUCGAAGAUCUUCCAAUCGCCAAAAAGGCCAAGUUCGAUACACGGAUUGUGAUGGAUCUGGACGAAGAGCCCGCCCAGAAAGCGAUCCCCGUGAGGGCGUCUGUCAAAAAAGAGAAGAAAGCACUGAAAAAGGAGGCGCAGGACUCAGGAAAACGCCCGGCGUCACCGCGGAAGGGCUCCGAGGCCCCGGAACCGGAUCUGGUGUCAAAUCCAAAGCCGCCACAACCUAAGACGUACGGCAGUGAAAGGUCCAGUCCUGAGGCCGUAGAGCCCCCGAAAAAGUCUCUUCUGGAACGGACCAACGAAGAAAUUGCCGCGGUCAAGGCAUCAAUGAAGCGGACAAUUCAUGCAGAACCUGUCAAAGAAAAGAUGAAGUCGUCGCUUGAGUUGAUGGUGCCAGAGACAUCAACCCGGGGGCGGAAGCGUCGGCCUGGGGCAACGAGCACAAGGGAGGAACAAGAAGCCCUCGCGUUUCUAACAGCAUUCCGUUCAAAGCUGGAACAGGCGCCUGCGGAGAAAAAGACGUCUCAGCCCAUGAUCGCUGAACCUGGAGAGGAAGGCACGCAAGAUGAGGAACCAGAAGUGUGCGACCUGCAUUUCAUUGCUAACUGCCAAAGCUGUAAGGCCUGGGAUAAGGAGGACCAGGAGGAAAGCGAUGACGAAGGCUGGAUGUCUCACACAUUGAGCUUCGCAGCUGAUAAAUUGGGCAAAGACUUGAGUUAUCGAAAGAAGGCCGAAGAGGAACUAGUUGUUAUUGACCCGCUCGAAAAGGCUAGAACUCUCAAGGAGGAUAAGAGGGCAACAAGGGAUGCCCCCUCUGGAGGGUCUUCUCGGGCCUGGGACAGGGAUCGCGGUCGCGAUAGAGAUAGGAGCGGCCGCUGA